CAAACUCAUCAAAUCUUGUGUAUCAUCCAUUCGUUCAACAAUCACUUCGAUAUUGCCACCUCAUGAAUUAAUGUCAUAUUCUCCAAAACCAAAGCUUCAUUAGUCGUAAGCGUAAUUAGUUCAUCAAAUUAUCUCAAAUUUGCAUGUAAAAACACACUCUUGCAUUAGGAGCAAGUAAUGGCUGAAACUCCAUUGAAACCGGUUCUCCAAAAGCCGCCGGGAUACAGAGACCCGAACUUUCCGGCAGCCAACUCCGGGUUUAGACCACCGCCACGAAAACCGGUGCUCCCACCAUCUUUCCAUCCAAGGAAAAGGAGGAGUAGAUUUUGCCGUGUUUGUUGUUGCUCGCUCUGCAUUUUCUUAUCGGUUUUGAUUCUCCUCGUUCUCAUCGGCGCCAUGAUUUUCUACUUUUGGUUCGACCCGAAACUUCCCAGAUUUCACGUCCAGUCAAUUCGGAUGACCCGAUUUAACGUCACCAAAAAACCCGACGGGACUUACCUCGACGCGGCGACGACGAUGAGGCUCGAAGUGAAGAACCCGAACCUAAAGAUGACGUACUAUUACGGCGACACUGCGUUUGACGUCAGUUUCGGGGAGGGUGGAGAUGAGACUGCGACGGGAACGACGGCGGUUCCCGGUUUCACCAUGGGGAAACAGAGCACGACGAGUUUGAAAGUGGAGACGAAGGCGAGCAACAUGCUGGUGGCUGACGAUGUCGGGAACAGGCUUCGGAACGGGCACCGAAGCAAGAGGUUGCCGGUGAACGUGGAGGCUCGGACGAAAGUUGGUUUAGGGUUGGCGGGGUUGAAGAUUGGUAAGGUGGCUGUGACGGUUAAGUGCGACGGAAUCACCAUGAGACAUCUUGACGGUGGCGACAUGCCUAAAUGCGUCAUCAAUAUGUUAAAAUGGUUCACAAUCCAUUGAUACAUUUCACUUUGGCUUGCAUCUUCUUCUUCUUCUUUUAGCGUAAAUUGUGCAUCUAGUACAUAAACUACCAGUCUUAGUCCGUUUUAGUACGUAAACUUUUUUUUUCAAAAUCAUACCUAACAUUUAGUUUUUGUUUC